GUGCGCACGCAUGCGCAGAAGUGGCGGUGCGUGCCCGUUCCAAGCCAGUUGCUGCUGCUGCUGCUGAGGAAGCUUCUCGGGUUGGGGGGUUUAUAGCGGCGGCCGCUGUUGGGACUCGCCCCCCACCCCCGCCCUUUGUACCUGGCGGCCUGAGGCGCCCCCAGCCCCUCGCUCAGCACCAGCCGAAGGCGCGGGAGGAGGUGGAGGCGCGACGCUUCCAAAAUGUCGCAGACAGCCAUGUCCGAGACCUACGAUUUCCUCUUUAAAUUCUUGGUUAUUGGAAAUGCUGGAACUGGCAAGUCCUGUUUACUUCAUCAGUUUAUUGAGAAGAAAUUCAAAGAUGACUCAAAUCAUACUAUAGGAGUGGAAUUUGGUUCAAAGAUAAUAAAUGUAGGGGGUAAAUAUGUAAAAUUACAGAUAUGGGACACGGCAGGACAAGAGAGAUUCAGGUCUGUAACAAGAAGUUACUACAGAGGUGCAGCGGGUGCUUUGCUUGUCUAUGACAUUACCAGCCGAGAAACCUACAACGCACUUACUAAUUGGUUGACGGAUGCAAGGAUGUUAGCAAGUCAAAAUAUUGUUAUCAUACUGUGUGGGAACAAAAAAGAUCUCGAUGCAGAUCGUGAAGUUACUUUUUUAGAAGCAUCCAGGUUUGCACAAGAAAAUGAGCUGAUGUUUUUGGAAACAAGUGCACUAACCGGGGAGAAUGUUGAAGAGGCCUUUGUACAGUGUGCAAGAAAAAUACUUAAUAAAAUUGAAUCAGGUGAACUGGAUCCAGAAAGGAUGGGCUCAGGAAUUCAAUAUGGAGAUGCUGCCUUGAGACAGCUGAGAUCCCCACGUAGAGCACAGGCUCAAAGUGCUCAAGAAUGUGGCUGUUAAAAAAAACACAACAAAACAAACUGAACACUUGUUCUAGAAACAAAAGAUGUCCAUGGAAUUGGUGUGUGUGUAGCAACAACUGAUGCAGCUUGAAGGCUAUGCAGUUUUUUUAAAACAUCGUUACUACUGUAUGUGAACAGAAAAACCACUGCUGGUAAAACAAUACUGUAUGGUGGUAGGCAAGAAUGUGCAUAUGACAUAACAGACUGCAAAACAAACCUGACUAUUCAGUGGACAAUACGAAGACUCACCUGUAUGUAAACAUUUUCCGUUACAUAUUUUUGUCACUCACCUUUAAAGUAUUGCUGUAUACUGUAUAUAAUGUAACAGUAAAUUUCCAAAGCAUGAUAUACUUAUGUUUGAUAUAAUAAAUGUUGCACUAAAAGCAAUUAUUUUAUUUUUUUAAUCAUAUUAACUAAAACUUGUUAACUGAGUUAGGCUUUAUCAUCAUGUUUGUGUUAAUUGCACACUAGGUUAUAUUUAUGACCUGAAAUACAAAGCCACUGGCACUGUCAGUGAUUUUCCUACUUCACUACGUUUGCCACAUUCUACGAGGUGUUUACAUGAUCCAUUCUUGAAGUACGGUGAGGACAUUACCUACGUUUACUAAUCUGUCAAAUUUGGAAUGGACGUUUUUAUUGAAGUGCAUCUGUCCUGUUUUCUGACAAUUCUUAAAUAAAUUUCUCUCGACUGUAUUUUUUUCCUACUUUGUAGGUUAAAAAUGCUGCUGCUAAGUCUCUGAAGUGACUGCUGUCUGACCUUGGAAGUUUCUUAUCUGUGUUCUCUUGAUCUGUUCUUUUCUUUUCCUUUUCUACUUCUGUUGUAUAGAAGUGGGGGCCAAUGAGAUUUAUUUGUUUUUUGGCAAAAUUGUGUAUCUUCUGUUUAACAAUUCUACUACUGUGUGAUGAGUCCAUGAAAGAUCACCACAAUGAUUUCUCGUGUGUCUGUAUGAGAAAGCAGUUUCUUUAAGGUAUUGCUUAAUCUCGUUAGACUGCACUUCUCAAAAAUGCUUUAGCUACUAAUAAAGCAAUCUGCUAUAAAAAGUCUGUUCAGUGAAAAUACCUGUUCAGUGAGGCCAAGUGUUUCAAACGUACAGUACCUAGGAAGUGCAACCAACUAUACGGAAUGUGGAAUUUUCAUUAAAAUUUAUUUUAAAUAUUCUAAAAAACUAUAAUUGUAUUAUAGGAAUUUAAACAGAGGGCUUGAUGGUCCUAAUUGGAGGGUCUCUUCAUAAGUCUCCCCUCUGGCCUGGAAUAAGGUACCAUCCUCCCUGGUGUCAGAUCCCACUGAGGGUAUUUCAUAGUGUUGGGGAUUUAUAUACACGAGGAAAUGGAAUAUAGGUGGGCUACAUGCAUUUUCUUUCUGCCCCUGGAAACUAUCAGGUAUUCAGCCUGUGAUAUUAACUUUAGUUCAGAGUUGUUUAGGAUGUUGGAAGCUCCCUCCUGACCUCUUUAUUGUGGGGCAAAACAGCCAGCACAGGAAAUCCUGGUGUCAUUGGACUGUCUCCCACCACCUUAGUAUAGCUCUAAUGGAGCCAUGACAACACAAAGCCUAGGUAUCUACAUCACUCUCCAAGAGUGGUGGGAAAUCGAUAUAGCUUUCGUAUUGCCCCCACUCCACAGGUCCUUAAGUGGCAUUGCUGAAGAAUGUAAUAAGGAGGGGGUAGAAAGGUUUCUCAUGAAUGUAAGUCCAGAAUAACUCCAUUGAGCCUAAGGUUAUACUGGUGUAACCGAACAGGAUUUGGCCCAGGAAACCUAGCAACAUAGAAAAUUAUUUCUUAGACAUCUAUUACAAUUUCAUGGGCAAAAACUGCAUUAUUGAGGGAUACCUGAAUCCUCACUUGAUAAAGAACACAAGUAGAAUAUAAAUGUUUCAAUAUUAAAACAAAACUGAAGUAUAGUGCUAUACUUCCAGAGGGUAUUAGCAGCACAAGAGCACACCUAGAGUGCUUGAGGUAAAUACUAGAGCCCCUCAAUGGAAUUUUAAUCCUACAUUUAAAAAUAGUCCAGGGUAAGGCUUGGUUCAGUUCCUUUUUUUUCUAAAAGGGUGUGGGUCUGUAUCUAAACUGAAUGUAAAAGCAAGAGGAUUAAAUAGAAUCCCUUUACCAUGCUUUAUACAGGAAAAUCUGUCUUUGAAGUCUUGUAGGCCAUUAAUCCAAGUAGCUUUGUGUGAUAUCCCUUUCUCAAUCAAAAUGGUCAGCAUUAGACUUAAAUGACAUGUAGAAAAGACACUCUUAUUACUCCUGGGGGAAUUCUGCACAAAAAAAAAUUUCUGCAUGCAAUAUCUUUAAAUUCUGCAAACUUCUACAUAUUUUGACACAAAAUAAUACACUAUAAUCACACCAGCUUCCAUUGUUUGGGUAAUUUAUUUCAAAAUACCUGUGAACAAGUAUGUCUGUAACAAUACAGACUACAAAAAAGAUUCAGGAAAUGUUUUUUGACAAAUAGAGUUCUGUAUUAAUAUGCCUAGUAAGGAAUCUGAGUAAUUCAUUUAAAUGACAAUACCAAACUAUAUUCUCUCCCCCCCCCCCCCUCCCCAAAAGCAGUGCAAAGGCUUGGGGGAGUUAGUGGUAAUGGAGGAGCUGACUGAGAGGGAAGUAAACUGCUGGGAAGGAGCCUGGAUGUGAACUUAAAGGGUUGCUUGGGUAGGGGUAGGAAAAGUAUGGAACUGGUUGGGGGGGAAGGGAGUUUAGAGGGGGAGUGUCUCCACACAGACCCUGAGUGACCCCUAGCCUCUACCAUUCAGUCAGGCACAUCUGCCCCAUCCCCAUGUGUCUCUGUACCCCCAUGCUCUAUUCCCCUUCCCGGCUGUAGCUCUACACCCCUCUCCCCAUGUCCCUGUACCUCCACUCCCAUUCAGCCCCUGCCCCAGUCUAUCCUCCCUCCUGAGCCCCUAUCUGACUGACCCCCCCCCCCCCCCCCCAGCAGCCCCAUGUUGUCUGUCUCCCUGUAUCUCCUGAUCUGGUCCAACAGGCACUGUGAAGAAGGCAGGCUCUUUCUCUUCCCUAUCCUGGCUGGGGCUUGCCAAGAGCUGCUGCUGUGCUCUAGCACCACAUUUCCCUCUGGUGGGCAAAACUGCAGCAACUUUUCAGCAGAAGUUAUUUUCUACCAAAACAUUUUAAAAAUAUGCAUGGUACAUGAAAAUAUGCACACAUGCAGUGAUGCAAAAUUCCCCCAGGAGUAUUAUAUAUAGCAUGGAUGUCUGUUACCUAGCUGACCAGAAAUGCUCCCAAGGAAUGUUCCUCUCCUAGUAUAUUUGCAUAUUUUUUUUUGGAAACUGCCUAAUACUGCAUUUCAAAGCCUAAAAUAACUCCAAAGAAUUAUAAUAUGUAAAUAUCUACCUUGAUCCCAAUUUCUUGGUUGUUUUCCAACUUCAUAUCAUCUGGAAGUGCUUUCAGCCCUCCUGUUUCUCCUCCCAGAAAAAAGAGAAUAUAACUGGUGAUUCAAAAUAGAGGGAGUUUGCACAUCAGACUUGAAAGAUCCUGCCAUUGCCUGUCCUUUGAUCCCAAACUCUGCUGGGGUAAUCCAGUGGGAUAUGUUGCCUUCAUACCAGCUUCUCAAAGUUGGGAGAAUUGUGUCCUGCUUUCCAGAGCCCCAAACAAGAAUGAAUGCUGGGAAAUGACUGUGUGGUUUUCACCUUUACACCUCCUGCUUAGUUUUUUGGUAGAUAGCAAGGAAAGGUAAAGGCUGCCUGACCUUCCCAGUUCUGAGAUGUAGCACAAGCUGUGGUGUCUCUCUCCUGCCACUGUUGUUGUUACCAAAGUGGGUAGGGCCUUUAAUCAUCUAGUUUUCCUAUUACCCAUCAAGUUAAGGGUGCUGAUAAGAGGAAGGUUUGCUUAAUUCCAAGGUUCUCUAACCCCAGUGCUACUUGCACUGUGGUCUCAGGUGGCUUUCUCCUCCUUGGCUGCUAAACCUCAUUCAUUUUCCUUCUCUACAUCUCUUUACUUUUCUCCAUUACAAUGUCAUUAUCUUCAGUGUUACAAAUGUGAUUUGAUUUUUUUUUGUUCUUUCCAAACAGUCUGAGAAAUAACUGGAGUGAUAAAAGCAGUAUCUCUUCCCUCCUGCUUUUUAUGUACAAAACUGAUAGAGAAGCCUUUUGUUUAUAUACAAGUACUUUUUGAAGAGUUUGGUCAAUUCUCUGGAACUAAAAGCUAAGCACAAUUUUUUUCUGUAAUCAGUUAUCUUAAGCUUCCAGAUUCCCUUCAUGUAGAAUAAGUAGCUUUAUUACAGUAAGCCUUAGCGUAUAUACUUGAUCUUAACAUCUUAAAGUGUUUCUAAAAAUAAAGUGCAUUCAGACAGUGCACAUUAUCAAGGUUAAAGUGCAUGACAUAUGUUACAAUGUGUGCUGUGAUGCAUAUUUCAUUUUAAUGACCAGUUGGUAAAGUAACAAGGUGUUUUAAAACUUAACAUAGCAAGGUUUGGGGAAAAUAUAAUCAUGACAGAGGGUAGCUCUCCACAGUGUGUAGUUUAGAUUCACUACUAUUCCACAGUGAGAGAUUUGAAGAUGUUAAAUGUCAUGGCAGGAACAUCCCCAAACUAAUAGUUCAAGUUUGGCUCUAAAAUUUUAAUCAUACAUGUAACAAACCAGAUAGAUAAACACUACAUUUGUCAAAAUAGUCCCCUUACCUUCCAUAUACAUAGUGCAUGCAUUCCAGGUGUGGAGAAGUUCUUACCCUAAUUGACUUACCAAAGCAAAAUGACUUAGCAAAGCUUUCCUCCCACAACAUCAGGUAUCUGAAGUCUAUAAUUCAUUGUUUAUGGAGGUUUUAGAUUGUUAGUUUGUAAAGGUUUAAGUAUUUUAUAAAACCCUCUAUCCUACCUUUUGAGUGUAUUGCUGCACUAUGCCAUUAUGUUUGAUGCUUGUAUCUAAUCUUGAAUAAAGAAUGUUUUCUGAAGAGUA